AUGAUCAAACAUGACCCCCAGAGAGAGCUUCCACAGCCAGAAGACACCGUUAACAGCGUUCAGUUCAAACAUUAGACUUCACUAGAGAAUUCAACCUUCUCAAGCUCGAGUUCAUGGCGUUUCUCGUCAAGAAGAAGAAGUUUAAGUUUCAGACUCAUGUCACUCUGGAGGAGCUGACAGCCGUGCCUUUUGUCAAUGGAGUUUUGUUCUGUAAGAUCAGACUGCUGGAUGGAGGAGAUUUCACUGCUUCAUCAUCCAGUGUUACUGUGAUUGUGGUUGCUACAGUGAUAGAACAAAGUACCAUGGCCCCUGGAAUGCUGGGAAAGAAUGUGUCCGGGGGGAUAUGAGAGAAUGAACCAGACCGGCUCUGAUAACAAGUGCUGGAACAGAAGAAACGUACAAUACUAAACCCUCUGAUGACCCUCAACGCGUUUU